AUGUGGGAAGCUAGCAAACAGAAGAUCAUAUAGAUUUGAGGGCUCAUCAUGGCCUUAUAAAAACACCCUCAAAGUUUUUUCUUUUUUUGCAGAGAUACUAAAGUGGAACAAAGAGAGAAAAAAGAUAGAAGAAGAAGAAGAAGAAGGCUCAUAAAAGAGGAAUAAGGAGGCUGUGAAAAAAAAAAGGAUUGAAAAAAGAAGGUUGAAUCAUCCAUAUCCAUGGUUUCUAGAGAGCACAAGAAGGCAGUUCUGCAUGAGAAGCUCCAAUUACUUCGUUCAAUUACCAACUCUCAUGCUCUAAACAAGGCCUCGAUAAUAGUGGAUGCAUCAAAAUAUAUCGAGGAGCUAAAACAGAAAGUAGAAAGAUUGAAUCAAGACGUUCAAAAUUCAAUCCACCCAAAUCCACUUCCCAUGGUUACAGUGGAAACCCUAGUGAAGGGAUUUUCUAUAAAUGUAUUUUCAGAAAAGAGCUGCCAAGGCCUCCUUGUCUCCAUAUUAGAAGUGUUUGAAGAGCUGGGGCUUAAUGUUCUUGAAGCUAGGGUUUCCUGUACUGAUAGUUUCCAAUUACAAGCUAUUGGAGAAAUUGACGAACAAGGAGAGGAAGCCAUUGACGCUCAAGCUGUGAAAGAAGCAGUCGUUCAAGCUAUAAAGAGCUGGAGCGAAAGCAGUGAA